AUGUGGAACGAUGACAUCCGCGAAUUUGAGUAUGGAUGGGCGGAUGAUUCCGAUGAAAUAUCCGAGUCGCAAAAACCAACCAUUGUAUUAAUGGGAUUGAAAAGGAGCGGAAAAACAUCAAUACGAAAGGUUGUUUUCAAUAAAAUGUCACCGAAUGAGACACUGUUCGUUGAGAGUACACCACGCGUGACGACGGAAACAGUUAAAGGGUCGUUCAUUAAUUUUGAAGCAAUCGAAUUCCCAGGUCAGAUGAGUCCUUUUGAUAAUGCAAUGAAUCCUCACGAUACAUUUGCCCGCUGCGGUGCACUGCUUUUUGUCAUUGAUGCUCAGGAUGAUUACUCUGAAGCGCUGAAAAAAAUGGUUGAAUAUUUCAAAAAAGCAUUCGAAAUUAACGACAAAAUUAGAUUUGAAGUAUUUAUCCACAAAGUGGAUGGUCUAAAUGAAGAGGUCAAAUUAGAAGCACAGCGUGAUAUAUUUCAACGUGUACAAGAUGAUCUUCAGGAUGAUGGCCUUGAUAAAGUUCAUGUAACGUAUCAUCUGACUUCUAUUUAUGAUCACUCAAUAUUCGAGGCAUUUAGUAAAGUUGUGCAAAAGCUUAUAAAGCAGUUGUCAAUUCUUGAACGACUGCUUGACAUUUUCAAUCAGGGUUCAAAUGUUGAAAAAGCAUUUCUUUUUGAUGUGGCAAGCAAAAUAUAUAUAGCAACUGACUCAGCUCCGGUUGAUAUGGCAACAUACGAACUUUGCUGUGAUAUGAUUGACGUAACCAUUGAUAUAUCUUCUAUAUAUGGAUGUUCAGAUGAGUCAUCAUGUGGGGUAUUUGAUUCUCAGUCAUCUGCGGUCAUACAUUUGCGAACUGACCAAGUGCUAUUCUUACGACAGGUUAAUAUGUUCCUUGCCCUUGUUUGUAUUAUACGCUCUGAGAAUUUCGAGAAGCAAGGCGUCAUUGACUACAACUUCCAGUGUUUCAAAGGAGCUAUUGAGCGUGUGUUCCAAAUUCGAAAUAGAUUGAACUCAAGAAUAAAUAAUUUGGAAUCAGGGAUGCAGUGA